CUAUAAAGUUUGCUGUCUCCUUUGUUCGCCCUCGUUGCGCAGCAGUGGUGGCGGUUUAUGUGUUUGGUCUUCGGAACCGUCCGCAGUCACUCGUGCUGAGCCGCUAGGAAGUGCCUGUCAGGGAGCUUGUAGGAGCUUGAGACGGUCGUCAUCCUUCCGAUUCUCACCGGGGAAAAAUGGUUGAAGCAGAUCGCCCAGGAAAGCUCUUCAUUGGUGGGCUUAAUACAGAAACAAACGAGAAAGCCCUUGAAGCUGUAUUUGGAAAAUAUGGACGAAUAGUGGAAGUACUCUUGAUGAAAGACCGUGAAACGAAUAAAUCGAGAGGAUUUGCUUUUGUCACUUUUGAAAGCCCAGCAGAUGCUAAAGAUGCAGCCAGAGACAUGAAUGGAAAGUCCUUAGAUGGAAAAGCCAUCAAGGUGGAACAAGCCACCAAACCAUCAUUUGAAAGUGGUAGACGUGGACCACCUCCCCCUCCAAGAAGCAGAGGCCCUCCGAGAGGUCUUAGAGGUGGAAGAGGAGGAAGUGGAGGAACCAGGGGACCUCCCUCACGUGGAGGGCACAUGGAUGAUGGUGGAUAUUCAAUGAAUUUUAACAUGAGUUCUUCCAGGGGACCACUCCCAGUAAAAAGAGGACCACCACCACGAAGUGGGGGUCCUCCUCCUAAAAGAUCUGCCCCAUCAGGACCAGUUCGCAGCAGCAGUGGAAUGGGAGGAAGAGCCCCUGUGUCACGUGGGAGAGAUAGUUAUGGAGGCCCACCUCGAAGGGAACCCCUGCCCUCUCGUAGAGAUGUUUAUUUGUCUCCAAGAGAUGAUGGAUAUUCUACAAAAGACAGCUAUUCAAGCAGAGAUUACCCAAGUUCUCGUGAUACCAGAGAUUAUGCACCACCACCAAGAGAUUAUACUUACCGUGAUUAUGGUCAUUCCAGUUCACGUGAUGACUAUCCAUCAAGAGGCUAUAGUGAUAGAGAUGGAUAUGGUCGUGAUCGUGACUAUUCAGAUCAUCCAAGUGGCGGUUCCUACAGAGAUUCAUAUGAGAGUUAUGGUAACUCACGUAGUGCUCCACCUACACGAGGGCCCCCGCCAUCUUAUGGUGGAAGCAGUCGCUAUGAUGAUUACAGCAGCUCACGUGACGGAUAUGGUGGAAGUCGAGACAGUUACUCAAGCAGCCGAAGUGAUCUCUACUCAAGUGGUCGUGAUCGGGUUGGCAGACAAGAAAGAGGGCUUCCCCCUUCUAUGGAAAGGGGGUACCCUCCUCCACGUGAUUCCUACAGCAGUUCAAGCCGCGGAGCACCAAGAGGUGGUGGCCGUGGAGGAAGCCGAUCUGAUAGAGGGGGAGGCAGAAGCAGAUACUAGAAACAAACAAAACUUUGGACCAAAAUCCCUGUUCAAAGAAACAAACAAACAGUGGAAACUAUUCUGUCAUAACUACCCAAGGACUAC